AUGUCCCCAAAUAGUGAGACAUUUGACAGUAUGAGUAGCGAAGAAGAUGAUGAAGGUGAACAUCAUCCGAGAAGAGCGAGGAGGUAUCCCGAGUGGAUGCCGAAGCGAGACCUUAAAGAAAAAGUGCAAUUAUCAGUUGGGUUGAAGUUCAGCAACCUUACUAAGUUCAAGAAAGCCUUACAAGUGUUUGCGGUGCAAAAUUCAUUUGAUUACAAAUACCAGCACAAUGAGAAGACGCGGGUCUCAGCAGUUUGUAAGAAAAAUUGUCCAUGGAGAAUACACACAAGCUGGUCCAAAUGCAAAUCAUUCUUCCAGAUCAAAACCUUCCACUCAAAUCAUAAUUGUGGCAGCCAUUACCACAACAAGCGGACAUCAUUACCUUGGGCUGCUAAUAGAUACUUAUACAGUUUUCGGGACAAUAGAGACUUGAAACCGAAAGCUCUAAGGGAGACGAUCAGAAGGGAUUACCAUGUUGGGAUGAAAGUGUUGAGCUGCCACUGUGCAAAAAGAAAGGCACUAGAGAUCUUGGAUGGUAUAGAUGGUGAGCAAUACAAGCACACCAGGGAGUACGCCAAUGCAUUACUGCAUUGGAAUCAGGGUUCCUCAGCGUACAUUCCGCGGGAUGGAGUGUUCUUCCAGCAGAUGUAUGUCUCGUUCGCUGCUUGCAAGCAAGGCUUCUUGGCUAGCUGUAGGCCGAUGAUCUGUGUAGAUGCUUGUUUCUUGAAGGGGAAGUGGGGAGGUCAAUUGCAUGUAGCAGUUGCAAGGGAUGCAAAUGAUGACAUAUUUCUGAUAGCAUAUGUUGUAUGCGAGUCUAAAACCAGGGAAACAUGGACCUGGUUCUUGCGGGCACUGUUGGAAGAUAUUGGAUACCCUCGUGAGCAUAUGUGGUCAUUCAUGUCUGACCGUCAAAAUGGGUUGAUUCAGGCUUUAGAGGAACUGAUGUCUGGCGUAGAGCACAGAUACUGUGUCAAACACUUGCAUGCCAACCUGAAGAGGAAAGGCUUUAAGGGGAAGGAGUACAACGAUGCUCUUUGGGGUGCAGCCAGGGCACCCAACGAGAUACAAUUUAAGUUUUACCUUGAGGUAAUCAAAGGAAUGCACCAGGAGAGCUUUAAUGCAUGGGUGAUGAAAGCGAGGGACCAACCGAUUCUAUUUUGUUUGGAGACAAUACGGAGGCAGCUGAUGAAUCAGUUUGAUAAGAAAAGGGCUGGAGCUGCAAAUGCAACUAAUAUAAUGUGCCCUAAGAUCAUGAAAAAGCUGGAGCGAAAUAAGAAAGAGGCUGAUGAUUACAUAUGUCACUGGAGUAACCAGUUUGAGGUUGACCACAGCCAUGAGCCCAGGAAGAUCGUUGACCUUGAAGCAAAAACUUGUGGAUGUGGCCGGUGGGAGGAACCUCGGAAACAAUAUCUACCCUUGGAAACAGUGCCCCUAGAAACACUUUUGGUUAACCAUCAGGCAACCCUCAAACUACAGGUCUCAGACUACAUCUCAGCCCAUCAGGAAUAG